CCAACCUAGCUCCCCUGCCUGGGUGGUUGACCCGUUGCCAAGACCUCGGAUCCCAGCAAACAGACCAAGAAGCGCAUUCAGAGAAGCUGGUGCAAGGAGAGAUGGCACCAACCAGAGCAGGGCUCUGCUCCCUGCUGCUGCUCCUGCUGCUGGGGCUCUGGGUGGCCAAGGUCCCAGUCAGUGCCAAGCCCAAGCACAUGACCCCAGCUCAGUGGUUUGAAACUCAGCACGUGCAGCCCAAGCCCCAGGGAUGCAACACGGCGAUGGGCAACGUCAACAAGUACACAAAACGCUGCAAAGACCUCAACACCUUCCUGCAUGAAUCCUUCUCCAGUGUGGCCACCACCUGUCAGACCCCCAGCAUAGCCUGCAAGAACGGCCAUAAGAACUGCCACCAGAGCCAGAAGUCCGUGUCCCUGACCAUGUGUGACCUCACCUCUGGGAGGUACCCAGACUGCAGGUCCAAAGAGAAGCAAUUGGACACAUUCUUCCUUGUGGCCUGUGACCCUCUCCAACAGAGGGACAACCUGAGGUACCAGCUGCUUCUUGUGCACUUGGAUAAUGUUGUCUAAGGCCAGGUGCUCACCCCACCCCAAGCUCUGUAGACUCUUGAGGCUGCUGCUGCUGCAUUUCCUCCCUGGAGUUCUUUACUAAUCUUUACCCUCUUUGUAAAUACCACUUCCCUCCUACACACCCAACUUCACAUAGUCUUAAUUCCUUAGAGGGUUUUAUGGAUGCUCCAAAUGGUGAGGGAGGAGGGGCCAUUCUCUUUCGCCCUUCACUGCUGCUUCCUUUGUUUUGAAUGUGACACCAGGUGGCCCUUCAAGCACCAAAGAUCUCAGCGAGGGUGGAUCCAGGUUUUGCGGGGCUUAUGGCAUACACAAUUUUGGAGACCAUCUUAGAGAAAAAGAAUA